AAAAAUUAUUCUAUAAAUGUCACUAUCCGAUCCUGCUUUAAGAUCCUGGUUCAGGAUCUUAAAAUGUCCAUAUUGAGUUAUUUCUUCGGCAAGAAAGAAACGCAAUUUCUGAAAAGGACGAUGCUUCCAUGCACAAUGGAAUGAAGUGUAUUAGUACUCAUUGCAGUAGUCGCGAUCCGUAAACUCGUCAGACAGUUCAACGAGCCGAAUGAUCAUCGCGGUCGUUCCCGAAAUCAUUCCGUAUUUUUUCCGUUGUCUCGACUGUGUCGAAUUUCGCGUAUCACGAAGAAGAAUUCACUCGCGACGGUUUGGCCGCUUAGAUUCACGACAUCUCCAUCCAUUUAUCAUCGGUAAUACGUCACAGCCGAGUCGGGGCGGGUGGUCCCGGCGAUUCUACUUGGAGAAACUUGAAUAAAAGCCCGAUUGAAAAAUCGACGAGACCAUAAGUCUUGUCGUCUUGUCGCCGGGGAAAAGGGGUUUUCCCACAGAGAAUGAGAAUACUUUCGGUGCUCGGUACCUUCGCGGUUUUAAUUGCCGGUCAGGAUACGAACACCGUAGUGUUCCCCUUUGUUUCCGGAAAUGGCUCGUCUUUGGAGAUGGGAGGUAAAAUCGAGCUUCAAUCGGAUAUGACGCGAGCAGUUCUUGCGACUCUCGCACCGUCGCAGCCGCAGCCGCAACCGCAGCCGCAGCCGCAGCCGCAGCCGCAGCCACAGCCGCAGCUGCAGCCGAUGCUGCCCUCGGAUUACUUUUUCCCUGUGCCUAAACGAACGUUUCUGCAUCACAGAAGUGAAAACGUGCCGUAUGGAUAUGAAUAUCCCAAUGUUGGGUAUCCAGUAGCACACUCAAUAGAACACUCCAUCGUCCCUUCGUCGAAACAGCUUGUAAUAGUCAGUUUCAUCGGUCUCUUAUUGCUUUUGGCAAUUAUACAAAAUACGCUUAGUGCUAUUAAGCGGAAAGAUGCAAUAAUGGAUCUAUUAUCGUCCAGGCAAAAGCGGGACGUUUAUGCUACCCAUGAUUUUCAUUCUGUGACGCCGGAGGAAGAAGAGAUUCUAAAUAGCGAUGCUAGAGUACGGUGUAUACAGAGGACAAUAUGUCUUGAAAAUCGCAAACUCUUUAGAGAUCUGGGUGCACCGGGUAAGAUGCUGGCGAAGCAUUUAACGAAAAAUAUAGAGAAAUCAUUCAAAUUAGUCACAGGUUGGGAUCGUCUUGUGAAAGAUGCAGGUGCAGCAGGAAUUCGAGGUGAAAACUGUGAUGUCCUUUACAGAGAUUGCGAGAUUCCUGUACCUAGGAAAAUAACAAAUAACAUUCUGAGAAAUAUAAAAAAACCGUGAUAAUCUUAAUUCAAAUCGUUAAUAUCAAAAGUUAUAAUUCACUAUUCAUACAUAUUUGUUUUUUGUACAAAUAUUUGUUUUAUAACAAUUAAAUUAUGUA